AAGCGCUUGCAAGAUUUGUUCUAUGAAACUUUAGUAUAAUAAACACGAUGGAUAAAGAAAGUUUGCACGAACGUUACGAAGAACUUAGAGAGCUCGUUUUUAAAGAGUCCAGCCUUGAAUUGCUAGGUGUUCUGGAGGAGUUAGGUGGAUCGAUUGUUUCAAAAAGGUUCGAAAGUGUUUUACAAUAUAGUGAUGCUCGAAAAACUCGCAUAUUUCCUUUGGAUAUUGUUUCUAUUUUCAACGAGCUUGCUGAAGACGAAGAUAAGAAGGAUUUGAGUAAAAUUAAAACGGCUCACUUUUUGAAUUGGUGUGGUCAUGUGCUAUGUUGGGCCCAUUUGAUCAUUGAUGAUGUAAUUGAUAAUGGCCAAACAAGAUAUGGAAGGGCCUGCUGGCACCGAAAAAACAAUGUUGGUUUAUCUGCAAUUAACGAUGCACUUUUAUUGGACAAAUCAGUAACGUAUCUUAUGAGUAAAAAGUUGGAAAAGGAAUUUCAAGAUAUUCUGCAUGAACAAAUGUUGUGUUUAUGUGCUGGUCAAACUUUGAACGAUUUAUUGAGUAAGAUCUCGGAUCUUCACAAAAUUAAUGGAGCUGUAUAUGAGAAAAUGUGUACAGUCCAGAACUCAUCACUUGUAACAUUUCCGUUCAUGCUAGGAAUGCAACUUGCAGGGAAAGCAAAUAAGAUAUCAGAUGAUCGAAUUAAACCUGUGUUAUUGAAAAUAGCAGUAUUAUUACAAAUGCUGAACGAUUAUCAAGAUUUGUACGUAGACUCAAAACUUUUGGGGAAAGACGGAACGGAUAUUCAACAACGAAAAUGCACGUGGUUUGCAGCCAACUUCUUGGAAAAGGCAUUCCCAGAAAAGAGGGAAUCUUUUAAACGUAUUUAUGGUUCGGAAGAUCCCGAUAGAGUCACUGAUGUAGAAGCCCUUUAUUCAAGUUUGCAGAUGAAGGAAGAAUUUGACAAACACAAAAAUGAUCUGUGUGCAAUAAUUGAUACCGAAAUCGCAAGCAUCAAGGAUGCAAAAUUUCGACAUGCCUUGUAUUCAGUUUACCAGAAAUCGAUUGGAGCAAAAAUAGAAGAAGCGCAUUUUUGAUAAGAUAUUUUAAGGAAUGCGGUGUUGAUUCUUUUAGAAGCAUUUCAAAUAAAUCCGAUUGUUCUCCUGUUCAUUUUCGACUUGAUUUGUAGGUAGGAUUCUAACGGUUGGAUAAAUCAAUAAAUUGAAAGUGAAUUGAGAACAAUAA